GUAGAAAGGUGGAUCCGUCCGUCUCCAUCGACUCAGUUGCGCCGAAGGAACGAUGCUGAGCAAACCUGCGGGAGGAUUUUCCACUACAGCUGCCAGACUGCCAAAUCUUUCUUGGACUCCAUCCUCUGAUCCCCUAGACGUCUGAACCUGCCAUCAUCAUGGAGAGCCUCAGCGAGCUCCAGAACCCCCUGCUAGACAAAACCAGCAGACACGUGGUCCACAACGACUACCAGGGUUACCAGUGCGACUACCCGAGCCAGCCUUACCAGGACAGCCUCAUCGGGUACUACUACACUGGGACUAAUGGCAAGCACAAGACUCAGCAGUUCCUGGAUGCAACGUCCCUGCACCUAGCGGUGGAGGCCUUUUACAGGCCCAACUUCAUCCUAUACAAAGACGACGUGAGCCUUCACAGCAAGGACUCCAAGAGCGAGAGCUUUGAAACCACUUUCACAGAGAGUAAGGACACUGUGUUGGAUGGAGUGUCUACAGAAAACACCCCGGACAGCAUACAAGGAGAGAAGGACGUGAAGAUCCAGACGGUGUCGUACGAGGUGGAGGAUGAGCAGGGUCCUGAGUACGAGAGUGACAGCUCCAGUGACAGUGAGAGUGAGGACAACUUCAUUGUGCUGCCCCCUCGGGACUACCUGGGCCUAGCCAUCUUCUCCAUGCUCUGCUGCUUCUGGCCCUUGGGCAUCGUUGCCUUUUACUACUCUCACAAGACUGGGAAGGCCAUCGCUAAGGGAGACUUCUCCAGAGCAGGAAUGAGCUCCAGAAGAGCCCUAUUCCUGGCUGCUCUUUCCAUCACUAUUGGAACAGGGAUGUAUGUGGGGGUGGUUGUGGCCCUCAUAGCCUACCUGUCCAAGCCUGGACAUGUAUAACAGUGAGGCCAGCUUUCUUUUGGAGGGGGAAGACAGUGAGAAAGAGCAGACAAGAUAGGAAGAAGGGAAAAGACAAGGUUGGACAGAUUUCUUUGCCUCUACUGACUCUACUACGGUUGAAGGCUGCUGCUGGCUGUCUGCGAAAA